GCGGGGCGGGGGGGACGGGGCGUGGGGCGGUUCACGAUGUUGGCCAGACUGGUCUCGAACUCCUGACCCCAGGUGAUCAGCCCGCUUCGGCCUCCCAAAGUGCUGGGAUUACAGGCGUGAGCCACCGCGCCUGGCCAGUUGCGGAUUUAUAAAAGCAGUCGCUUAGUAACUUGCAGCGGCUACAUCAACUUUGGACCAAUUCGCAAACUGCUGGUGUAAAGCGUUUUUGCGCAUGUGCCGUCGCCUUGCGGGAAAAGGAGCCUUUUUCUUCGACGAUUUCCGGGCGACGCAGGAAGUGGCUCCAGGGCGCACGCGCGUUGUUUCCGCGGUAGUCAGGGCAGUUUCUACCGCAGGCUUAAGGAGGCUUCGGGCUCCUGGGAUUUCUGUCCGCGCUCCUGGCCCUCGUCCUUCGCGCCAGAGCAGGGUCAAAAUGAGCCUGUUUGGAACAACCUCAGGUUUUGGAACCAGUGGGACCAGCAUGUUUGGCAGUGCAACCACAGACAAUCACAAUCCCAUGAAGGAUAUUGAAGUAACAUCAUCUCCUGAUGAUAGCAUUGGUUGUCUGUCUUUUAGCCCACCAACCUUGCCGGGGAACUUUCUUAUUGCAGGAUCAUGGGCUAAUGAUGUUCGCUGCUGGGAAGUUCAAGACAGUGGACAGACCAUUCCAAAAGCCCAGCAGAUGCACACUGGGCCUGUGCUCGAUGUCUGCUGGAGUGAUGAUGGGAGCAAAGUAUUUACGGCAUCAUGUGAUAAAACUGCCAAAAUGUGGGACCUCGGCAGUAACCAAGCGAUACAGAUCGCACAGCAUGAUGCUCCUGUUAAAACCAUCCAUUGGAUCAAAGCUCCAAACUACAGCUGUGUGAUGACUGGGAGCUGGGAUAAGACUUUAAAGUUUUGGGAUACUCGAUCGUCAAAUCCUAUGAUGGUUUUGCAACUCCCUGAAAGGUGUUACUGUGCUGACGUGAUAUACCCCAUGGCUGUGGUGGCAACUGCAGAGAGGGGUCUGAUUGUCUAUCAGCUAGAGAAUCAACCUUCUGAAUUCAGGAGGAUAGAAUCUCCACUGAAACAUCAGCAUCGGUGUGUGGCUAUUUUUAAAGACAAACAGAACAAGCCUACUGGUUUUGCCCUGGGAAGUAUCGAGGGGAGAGUUGCUAUUCACUAUAUCAACCCCCCGAACCCCGCCAAAGAUAACUUCACCUUUAAAUGUCAUCGAUCUAAUGGAACCAACACUUCAGCUCCUCAGGACAUUUAUGCGGUAAAUGGAAUCGCGUUCCAUCCUGUUCAUGGCACCCUUGCAACUGUGGGAUCUGAUGGUAGAUUCAGCUUCUGGGACAAAGAUGCCAGAACAAAACUAAAAACUUCGGAACAGUUAGAUCAGCCCAUCUCAGCUUGCUGUUUCAAUCACAAUGGAAACAUAUUUGCGUACGCUUCCAGCUACGACUGGUCAAAGGGACAUGAAUUUUAUAAUCCCCAGAAAAAAAAUUACAUUUUCCUGCGUAAUGCAGCCGAAGAGCUAAAGCCCAGGAAUAAGAAGUAGUGGCUGGAGACUCUGGCUCAGCCAGAGUUGUUUCUCUCCACUCUGCCUCAUCUCUGUUCGAAUUUGGGUCCCAGCCUUGUUGGGUUGUCAGCCAUGGACAUGGAUUUCAACCCCUGGAGAAAACGAUGUCAUUGUUCAGCAGCUGAGAGCCCAGGCAUCCGCGGCGACUUGCCGUCUCUCCAUUCCACUGCCUGUUGCAGAGUUUUUCUGUAACUAAGGGGGUUGAGGUUAUUGUAGACGUUAGAUUGCGGGCACCGCCAGGGAUUUUGCAGCGCUUCAGUGUACGUGUUAGAGAAGAUUGGAAAAGCGUCUGUGAGCCCCGUGCUGUAUUUUGUAAUAAAGUCUUUUGCAGAUUGCUU